AUGGCGUGGGAUCCAGGCUGGCAGCAUCUUCCCUCCUGGGUGGGAUCCUCCUCCCUCGUCCUGUCCUGCUCCCGAGCUGCCCUGGCACAGUUAAUCGAGGCCACCACGGAGCCCCCCAAGAAGAAGCCGGACCCCGUGACCUCGGAGACCGUCGUGAUCUGGGGGCUCAGGCUCUGGAUGGUGGUGGGGAUCUUUGCCCUCUUUGUCCUGGCAGUCAUUAUCACCCUGUGCUGCAUCUUCAAGUGCCGGAUCCCGCGCACCAAGAAGGAGAUCGAGGCGCGCUACGCCCAGCGCCAGGCGGCCAAGAACUACGCCGACAAGCUGGACACUGUGCCACCCCUCAACGAGCUCACCGAGAUCCCUGGAGCUCAGGCUGCAGAAGAAAAAAAGGAAGAAGUUCCCACUGUGUCUGGAAAAGUGGACAAGGCUCAGGGGAAGAAAGAUGAAUCCAAAAGCACCAAGAAGAAGGACGGGGAGAAGGAGCAGAAAGAAGGAUCCAAGAAAGAAGGGAAGGAUGGGGCCAAAAAGAAAGAGGGAGAAAAGGGAGAAAAGGGAGGAAAAGGAGAAAAGGGAGGGAAAGAAGAAAAGGGAGGAAAUGACAAGAAACAAGGGGGUGGGAAGAAGGAAUGUGAAGCAGGAAAAGCAGGAGGAGGCAGCAAAAGCAACGGGAAGGCUGCUGGGAAUGCCAAGGCCCCAGCAAAGAAGAAGUGACCUCGCUGGCAGACAGGGCUGGCACUUUUUUGGGAGGACAAAUUCCUGUGGGAGGAGAGCUGGGAGAAGCCAGGA